AGCGUGUACCUGUGUCAAAGUGCAGCAUGUACACAAAUGUGCAGGAGUGUUGGUCUGCACAGGAUCCACACUGUGUCUGGUGUGGCUCUAAAUCAAGGUGCACAUUUGAAGAUGACUGCACAGAUUCAGACUGGGUGUCCAUUCCUGAUGAUCACCAACACAAAAUAGUUUCCUACAAAGUUGAAAAGGAGCCAACUGGUCAGAUCAAACUGAACAUCCAGACACACCUGACUGUGGGUCAGAGCACACUGUCCAGAUUCGCCUGUCAGUUCUCUGCAAGUUCCAGUGAGCUUUGUAGCAGGAGUGGCCCUCCUCCACUGUUCCCACAAUGCACCUGCAUCUUCUCUGAUAGCAGACUUCCUGCUGAAGGUCUGGGUGUCAGUGUAAGAAUUAGAGUUGGGAAGACGCACUUUUUGGAACAACUGACGUUAACCAACUGUUCAAACAUCAGGGGACCUCCAAGUUCUGUCUUGUGUCAGCAGUGUAUCAGGGCUGGAUGUGGCUGGAGCAAAAACAGCUGUUCCUGGGCAAAUCAAGGAGUGAUCAAUGACAGUGUUUGUCAAACGAUGGAGUCUGGGAUGAACUUUUCUAGGCCAGUGAUCUCCUCCAUCACCCCCAGUGUCGUGUCUUUCUACGGCAGAAACCACGCAGUGUUGUCAGGUCAGAACCUCAGAGAUGUGACCAGAGUGAGGAUGACUGUGGACACAGACUGCACUCCCCAAGAAUCUCCUGUAUGGAACAACACAGGCGUGAAUCUCACGUUCCACAUUCCCAGGACAGAUGGUAAAGGUGUGGUCAAAGUAUGUGCUCUCCUCCCAGAUGGUGGUUGCCAUGGCAACACUAAAAUCACCUACAAGUCAUCACCAUCCUGCACCAAAAUUGUCCCAAGCAGCAGCUGGGUCAGUGGGAAGAGGGAGAUCACACUCAUGGGCUCUCACCUGGACUUUGUGGAGGGGGUCACACACAGCCACGCCCCACAGAGGGUCAGACCUCCAGGAAGCAGCAGCUAUCAGAAUCUCACCUAUGACACACCUGCAGCUGAAAACAGUCAGAGGACUUUUACCCAGCACUGUGUUUCUGAGAGUAGCCAAUGAAACCUUGUCCUGCUCUGAUAAAAUCACCUACUAUCCAGACCCUGAGUUUACUGGUUUCACAUCCACCGAGAAUAGGGGACGAUGUGCGCAUCACCAUAGAGAAAAAGGCAGACAAACUGGAUAUGACAGAAGCAGAGUUGUCAGUGUGGGGCGAUCAGGAAGGAAAACAAUAUCCCUGCAUCAUGAAGAGCAAAAAAACCACCAACGAAAUAGAACAUUUUUUCUGUGAAAUUAAGAACACAUCCAGUGCUGAAUUCCAGCAUUUAAUGAUAAUGUACGGUGAAAAGACGGUAAGACUUGAGCCUCCGUCCUCAUCACAGGUCCCUCUGAUACUGUGCAUCCUCCUGAUUCCCUGUGUUAUUGUUGUGUUGGUGAUUAUCUGUCGAUGGUUGAAGAAACGCAGAUGAACGAGGUCUGACCAUUACAUCACACUGGCCCAUUUCCUUGUCUUUGUGCUAGGCUAAGCUAACCUGCUGCUGGCUUUAGCUUCAUAUUUACUGUGCAAACUUGAAGAGUGUUGUUGGUCCUCUCAUCUAAAUCAUGUCAGGGAAUAAGCAUAUUUAAAAAUAUUAAACUAUUUCUUUAUUGAGGCUCUUUCUGACAUCUGUAUCCUUUUGACAGAGUCAGUGCUUUUACUAUAAAUUUUGUGAUCAAGUCUUUUUUUUUCUACUGAGUUCAUCCUCUCUGAUGGUACAGCUGUUAUAAGAGGACAUAUUGUAUAGACUAAGCCUGUUCGUCUCCUGCACUGCUCAGCACCUCAGCCUUUUAGUAGUAUAGAACUUUAUUGCAGUCAGCAAAGUAUGUAUGGAUGCUGCAGUUGAUAUGAUACACCAUGGACAUAACAUGAACAUAACAUUCCUCAUAAGGAAGCUGAACACUGUAGUUAUUGUAUAUCAAUAUCAAAUCAAUAACUGUAAUCAAUAAAUGUCUGUAAUGAAGUAGAUAAAACUAAUGAGGCCUGUUUUUCCAUCACAACAAUAGAUGAUUU